UGGUGGUGGUGGUGAUGUCUAGUAUCCCUAUAGCUGUUCAACUUAGUUGAGAUUUUGCAGUUUUACAGGCCAAAGGGUUACAAACAAGGACUGGACUUGCAAGGGCUGUGUCAAAACCACUGCAGCAAAAUGACCCCAACAUUGAUCCACCAGACCCCUUAAUGUAGUAGGUCAAGCAUUCAGGCUUGUACUGUUCUCUUGGCGUAUGCCGUACAGGCACAGGCAGAGUUGUAUCUCAAGACACAGUGAACCCACCUAUGCUAACAUCUCGCCAUAUAGUUUUAAGACUGGCAUUACCAUAAGCAGUUAUUUUUUUAUUCAGUGCUGGGAGAGAUGGAGGAAGACAGAGACCUGCAGGUCCUCCAGGAAGUGGAGGAAGACGCUGAGGAUGAAGAGGACAACGAUGACGAGGCUUUUGACUGGGUUGCACAGGAAGGUGCAGGAGAGCUGGACCUGCCCGCUGAAGAAGAGGCUGAUUCUGAGUUUAUCUCGGACGCCCCAGCUGAGCGCAGCGGCCAUGUGGCUGUGAUGGACAGGAACUGCAUGUAUGUCUGGGGAGGGUAUAAGAACGCUGAAGCACCAGGCUUCUCCGAUUUGUACCUGCCGAGGCAUGAAAUCUGGAUAUUCGACAUGGAAACCAGAAGAUGGAGAAGGCAGGUGUCGGGAGGGGACCUUCCUCAGCCGAUGUCGGGAAGCUGCGGCGUAUGCGUGGAGGGCGUUCUGUAUCUCUUUGGAGGCCAUCAUGCUAGAGGGAAUACUAACUGGAUUUAUCGUCUCCCUCUGAGGGCCUCCAGCUUCUGCUGGGAGAGGAUGAAGGACCUGAAGGGUUUGGCUCCGACGGCUAAAGACAAACUGGGAUGCUGGGUAUACAAGAACAGGUUGGUGUUUUUUGGUGGAUACGGCUACGUGGCACCGGCGGGCCAUCGAGGAACGUUCGAAUUAGACGAGAAUUCGCUCAUGGGUCACCACCAAGGACGAGGCUGGAACAACCACAUUCACGUUCUCAACCUAGAAACGUCAACCUGGAGUCAACCAGACACAAAGGGAAACGGUCCUACCCCGCGGGCGGCUCACGCUUGUGCUACUCUGGGAAACAGAGGUUAUGUUUUUGGAGGACGAUAUUUGGAUCAUCGUCUGAAUGAUCUGUACUACAUCAACCUGGACACCUGGGAGUGGAGUGAAAUGUCUGUACCUCAGCACGGUCCGGUGGGCCGCUCCUGGCACUCCUUCGUCCCCGUGUCCUCCGACCACGUCUUCCUGUUCGGCGGCUUCACCACAAACAGAGAAACGCUGAGUGACGCCUGGCUGUACUGUGCGGCCACUAACGAGUGGAAGCAGGUCGACCACGGACACACGAGGAGUCCCAGACUGUGGCACACGGCGUGCGCCGGUCCGGACGGGGAGGUCCUUGUGUUCGGAGGCUGCGCCAAUAAUCUUCUCUCCCAUCAGCAAGCAUCGCACAGCAACGAGUUACUGAUCUUCAGCGUUCAGCCCAAAUCACUGCUCAGGUGCUGCAUGGAGGCCGUUGUGCAGUACAGACAGCAGCUGGAGAGCAUGUGGGACUGUCUGCCCAAACAUCUGCUUCACAUCGUCCACCAGAGAAUCGGCACAGUUAACACCGAAGGCUCCUAGAAAUCACGGACACGCGCGUGCGCUCUUCCCUGAUUUAGUGGUGGACGGUGGAACGGCAGCUGGCGCUUAUCCGCAGGGAGGCUUGCUUGAGGCGGGCAGAGCUCAGACGCACAGACUACGCACGGGUCAAUUGGAGUCUGAGCGCUAGUUGGCUAAGCAUCCUACAUUCAAUAAUAAAUAAAGUUGUUUAUUUACUUGC